AUGCUGGAGUUAGCUCUGGUCGAGGUCUACACGAGCGACGGCGAUUGUGCAACGCCUGCAUUCGCUGCCUUUGUUCAACGACUGGGCGGCAAGACCACAAAGACUUUCAGUGAACGCUUGACUCAUAUGGUCUCUAAGGAAGGCUCGCCAAAGACUUUGCGGCGCCUUCGUAUUUACAACAAACUGGUCCUGGAAAGCGGGACUGGCAGGGAAAUUCACUGUGUCAACAGUCGCUGGGUGACAGAUUGCGAUGCGCAGGGCACGCGCAUGCCAGAUUCUGAUGAACCCUAUGCUGUUGAGGUGAACAAUGCUCCACGCACUGCCAAGCGCCGUCACAAGAGCAUGGAAUCCACGAGCCUUACCAACAUUGGAGGCAGCGUCUUCCGUGAUCGCAAACCCGUCUGGGUAGAAGCUCGCUGGGGCGAUCGCAACUGA